AUGGACGAUGUCCCACCAAUAUUGCCAGACGGGCGACUUGGGGAAUCUUUUAUUGCCCCAGUUUUCGAAGAAGAAGCCUUCCUAUCACCGGGAACAUUCUCCAGUGCGGACGAGUAUGCUGCAAACCCGCGCUUCCUAGAACUACAGGAAGAACUCCGCUGCGUACUUUUCAGCGCAGUAGCCAGCCUAGAUCCAAGCACUUACACAUCCCCUCCUUCUGAGCCAUUAAUAGAGGCGACAGGGGCGACGAGGACAUCCCAUCAAAGCCUUGACUUUACUCGGGUCUCUGUCCCUAAGAUUCGUCUAAUUCACUAUCUCAAAAAUUGGAUCACCGAAUGUGCUCCGUACCUCGACAAAUUCGACGAGUCGCGUCAUUUUGGUGUUCAUAUUCCUAUUCUGGCACAACGUUCGCCUGCGCUAUUUUAUGCCAUUUUAGCAUUCUCCGCCCGCCAGAAUGAGCGGAAGGCAUGUCUCGAUAAAUCCUAUGACAGUCUGGAGUUGUAUCAGGAGUCUAUUCGUCUCCUCGGUCCAUGCCUCCAAGCCAAAGACCCGAAUGUAUUGGCUACUGUGUGCAUCCUCGCCGUCAUGGAACUAAUGUCCGUCAGUCCGCGCGACUGGCGCCGCCAUGUUGAAGGCUGCGCUGCACUUUUCGACUCAUUUAAUGUUAACGGACUAUCAGGAGGCCACUUACAGGCUGUGUUCUGGUGCUACGCACGCAUGGAGCUAUGUGGAGCGAUAAUUUCCAACGGCGCAGAAAGCACUGUGCUUCCGUUGGAAAAAUGGGUGCCUUCUAUGCCUGAAGCUGUCACACCCACUGAACGAGAUAACAUGAUUCGAGAUUCCUUCUGUCAGAAGGGAGUUGUGUCGCCAGAUAUGCACGCUAAUUGGGCCGUGUAUCUAUGUGCGAAAACAUGCGAUCUUUCUUGUCGACAGACCCGAUACGUCGAGCUAGGCGAAAUGAUCGACGACCCGCGGCCAUUCACUGAACGAUGGACCUGUCUAUGGAACGAACUGCAAUACUGGCUUGAACAACGACCUCCGGCUAUGUUACCCGUCAAGACAACGGGGAUAGGAGGUGGUCAGAUCUUCCCGGAGAUUCUCUUCGCGCACUGGGCUGCUAUAUCGGGCAACCAGCUGUACCAUGCGGCUUGCAUUAUAAUGCUCGAUAUGAAACCCUCGGAACAUAUUGUCCCACCGUCUAGACCACAUUACUCAUCGAUCUGGCAUGCACGCAGGGUUUGUGGGAUUUCGCUUACGAAUCCGCACAGUGGCAAUUUGAUCAAUGCUAUUCAGCCGCUGUAUAUUGCCGGCAAACUGCUCAGCCACCACAGUGAACAUAUCGAGGUGGCAAGGCUUUUCAAAAUUGUUGAAGAGACAACUGGUUGGGGUGCGCUUUGGAGACUUAAGGAUUUGGAGCGGGCUUGGGGGUAUGAGCCCGGUGAGAUACUAUCAGCGAUUUGA